UCCUGGCAGAGUGAGUGAAAUGGGCUUGGAUGCACAAGUGGGUGGGGUGUUGGCGGGACAAGGGUGGUGCCGGCCUCUUAUUUCCCCUCACACGUUACGGAGGUCUGGAUCACAUUUAAAACACAUGUUACUGCUCCUCGGCUGUGUGCGGUUUGGCAGCUCCUGAGGAAAAGACAGUGAUAGGGGAUUUAACAGGAGGGGGACUUGAUCACUUGACAAACAGACAUUAGAAAGGGAAGACGGGAACUUACAAGCAAAUAAAAGGGCGAGCUCUGGGCAGCAGCAGUGGGAGAGACACAAGGGCAGACAGCAAGACAGACAGCUUCCCGAGGCUUUUUUUUUUCUGAAUUAGGAGGAAGGAACUGUGUGGCUACUCGUGCACCUCAGGGCCCUUUUAUCUGGAGAAGUGAGGACUGACACAUACAGAUAUUGUAACCACUGAAAUUAGCUGUGGUUAAGUAAAGGCAAGACAUCAGCAGUCUGCCAGGAGGUGAUAAAAUAAAGCAGAGCUUGAACACGGAGGAAUUUGUUCAGAGCCCUUGAAAAAAUCUCGCAGGCUCCAGGAUCCACUUGGAUAGAACAGAGUGUGCUGACAAGAGUUCUACCAGGGAAUCUUGAGCUCUGUUUCUUCCGAGGUAAUUUCCAGCUUCUUAACUUCUUGUAACCCUCUUUAUUUGACUGGACACCUCUGGUUCUGCAUCAAAGCCUCUGCAGUAAUAGGAGCGUGUUUUAAAGCCUCCUCGGUCCAAGCCUCCUGUGGGCGUCUGGGUUGCUGUGACAGGUUACAACUAGCUUUCUCUCACACACACACACGUGCACGCACAUACACACGCUCUCUCUACUGUGCAGCUGUAAGAUCAAGAGUCUGUGUUGCACAUAACCUGCGCUGAAAGGACUGAGUGUGUAUGUGUGUGUGUGUGUGUGUGUGUGUGUGUGUGUGUGUGUGUGUGUGUGUGUGUGGUCUGAGGCUCUCAGCUGGUCUGGGAAACUGAGUCAGAGAGGCAGCCAGCUCUCAGUGCUUUCUGCCAGCAGUCAAAGGAGACAAGUCCACACUGCCGAGUGCGUCUCAGAGAGAGCGAGCGGAGCCGAGAGGAUGAUGAUGAAGAUAAAACGGACUCUGUGCAGAAUCUCCUGCCUGGUGACUCUGGUGUUGGAGCUGAGCUGGAUAAACGUGGGCCACAGCAUGCCCAGCGAGGGAGGCAUCAGGGGAAUGAAGGAGUGGGAGAGGCAGGUGCGCUCAGCCUCCAGCCUGGAUGAGCUGCUCAGGCUCGCAGACUUUCCUGACUGGAAGUUGUGGAAGUGUCGCCUGCGACUGCAGCAGCCAGAGACCCUCUCAUCUCCUCCGUCAGGAGGCUCACACCGCUCUACACGCUACGCUGCAGAGUCCUACAGCCUGGAGAUACUUAAAGCCAUAGAUGAAGAAUGGCAGCGGACUCAGUGCAUGCCGAGGGAAACAUGCGUUGACGUGGCCAAGGAGCUCGGCACCGACCCGUCAAUGUUCUUCAAGCCACCGUGUGUGUCCGUUCACAGGUGCAGUGGCUGCUGCAACCAAGAGGGCGUCACCUGCAAAAACACAACUACUGUAUAUGUGAAUAAAACUGUCCUCAGUGUCAUUCCAUUUAAGUUUGUACCAGAACCAGUGCUAAUAAAAGUAGCUAACCACACAGAGUGCAGGUGCAUGGAGCCCGCCAUAAUACGACGUAAUGCUCAGCCUCACAGGAGCAGUGGCUGCUCUCCGAUGGGCCAGCUGUCAGAGGCCGAGGACUCCAGGAGACUUUGUGCCACUGGGUUGAUCUGGGAUUGUUCAUCUGACAGAUGCAUACCUUACCCAUCCAGUGCACCAGACUUUCCCCUCACUUCAUGGAUGCCCGACUGUGAGAUAGACGUGGAGCGGUGUGACUGUCUUCCUCGACCUGUGCCGCCUCUCCCGCCGAGACUGGCCCAUCGCUGUCAACUCAACUCUUCCAUCUGUGACGACAGAUAUCAACGUUUCGAUCCCGCCACCUGCAGAUGCAAAUGGCCCAAGUAGAAGUCCACUGGGGAAAUGAAAAACGACAACCUGCUCGCCAAGGAUGUUUGGAGGCAGAGAAAAAAAAGGGCUCAUAAUUUAUUUACAAUCCUAUUUAUGCCGAUCACUUUAACUAAUUAAGAUAUUAACUCACAUGACCAUGUUAAUUGAUUUUUUUAACAUGCUUACCUUGUUUCAAUCAAUGUGUAAAGUUUAUGAUGUGUAUUAUUUGUACAUUUGUUCUUUGUGCACUGAUAUUAAAAGAUUAUUUUUGAAUACU